AUGAAGCUCGCUGUUGUGUUGUGUUGCUUGUUCGUGCUGUGCUCGCUGGCUGAAGUCCAAGGAGCGCAGAGGUUUUGUGGGCGACGGCUGGCCCGGACUUUGGCGGGGCUCUGCUCCGAGGUGGAGUAUGAAGACGUGGUGAAGAGGUCUGGUGAUGGCGACCCUGCGGAUGGUACUCGCGGCUGGCGCUGGGCGGCGCUGGGAGGUGCGCGCGGCAAGAGAGGAGUCGUCGAGGAGUGCUGCGAGAGGGCCUGUACGCUCGAUGAGCUGAUCACAUACUGCUGA